AUUAAAAGAUAUUCUAUAAACAGUCCUCAAUGUUUGAAAACUAUUUCAUAAAUAGUCCUUUUCACCAAAUAUGACAAAAUAGUUUGAGUAAAUUCUCAAAAUGAUCCUUUGAAGGGACACCGGGACUCAACUUUUGACAACUCCAUGAUGCACACAAAACAGAAGAAGUGACUGCAGCAAUUCAAUUUUCCACGAAUUGGGGAAUACUUCUCAAAAGAAGCAUACCUUGCCUGAAGCAAAGAAGCAUCGUCGUUGCCGGAAUCUGUAUCCAUUAAAAUCGUCUCGCUUUGCUUCUAUAGCUCAUAGAAAUAGGCGUCGGCCUUAUCUGAGACACAGAUAGAAAUAAUAGAAUUGUAUGCGUGCCCUCCUCCAGCCGCACAGCCGCCGCCGCCCUCCUCUCUCUCUCGGCGGACUGCCCUCGGCGACGGCACAGCCCCACGUCGGCAACACCCCCUCCUCCUCCCUCAAAAUGGCUUCCUCCGACAAAAAUUCAGAAAACUCAACCUCCUCCUCCUCCAAUCCCCCUCAUGUUGCUUUCACCACAAUCUCCAACGUGAAGCUUCAUGUCCCGAUCCAGCUGAGCUUCUCUCAGCCCAAUUACAAGAAGUGGAGCUGGCUUUUUCUUCUCCUGGUGCGCCGGUUCACUCUCCACGGCUUUUUCUCGGGUUCUUCAUCUCCCUCCUCUGCCGAUGAUGAUGAAUGGUACCAGCUUGACGCCCUAAUCCAAGGGUGGAUUCCCUCUACUAUUUCUGACGAAGUCUCAGAUCUGGUCAUCUCCACCACCUCCACCGCAGCUGAAUUAUGGAAGGUUAUUCAUGCACUUUUUCAUGACAACAAGCAUGCUCGGGCAAUGCAACUCGAGCAUCAGUUCCGAACCACUGUCAAGGGUACGAUGACUAUGGCCACGUAUUGUCAAACCCUACAGAACAUUGCAGAUUGGUUGGAUGACGUCGACGCCCCGGUUUCUGAGUCUCAACUCAUGCUCCAAAUGCUUCGGGGCUACCCGAAGAUCUCCAGGCUCAGACGUCGUUCCUACAAUUCCAACAACCGCUGCCCAACUUUCUUCAGACCCGAUCUGCCCUCCUGCUCCUAGAUCGGCAACGGCAAAGCAUGGCGGACGACGCCGGGACAGCCCUCCUGACUGGCAGAAUCGGCGGCCCUCCUUACGGCACCGGCAGCGGCGGCUUCGGGCGUGGCAGUGGAGCACCUGGCAGCGGGCACAGUGGCGGCAGUGGUGGCCGCGGACAGCAGGGGCGCAACUACGGUCGUGGACGUGGACGAGGAAGAAACUCUGGCUCGCAAC